UUCGGAAAGGGGAGGUUUGGACGGUACUCAUCCUACCGUGACCGUAACUCUGCAUCGAAGGGAGGACGCACUAUGCAAGGAACAGACAGACCUCCAAGCUCUCGGGGAGUUCGUUCAGAGUAUCCAUUUGGGGCUCUGGAAAAUCUCCAAUUCUGUGUCUUCGGUGACCAGCGAAUAGGCCUCCAGGAAUUAAAGUUUCAUGGGAUUAUGAACUUAGUGUGCUUGCGUUCCCUCUCGCCGCCUGCACAGGAGGUCCCGGUGGCCAAAAGUGUCUAAUCAGACUAUUGGUUUCGUCCAUGUCACAUGAUUCGCUAGACGAAGUCCCCUACCAUGACGGACACUUGUCAGUCCUCCCAGAACCUGAUGGAAAAGCUUUCGCCAUGCGAACGAGUGCCAACGACCAGUUCCCAAUGGCUAGUUGCAGUUUUUCAGACUCUGGAGCCAAUUGUGUCAUGCAACAACCGAGUACAAUACCGCAUGGCAGUUAUGAACAUGGACCUUCAUAUGUUGCUGACAUUAAUCAAAGGACUAAUUAUUAUUACUCAUACUCCAUUAAUAAUCAUCCGCCCGAAGCAAGUGAUUUCUAUAGGCAGAGCCCAGAUAACAUGUAUUGGAACAAACAGCAGUUACCCGAAGGACAGCUGCAAAAUUCGUCUUCAGGAAAGAUGGAUCAACCGACGAAACGGGCCCGCACAGCAUAUACAAAUUCCCAACUGGUAGAACUUGAAAAAGAAUUUCAUUUCAAUAAUUACGUCUGUAGGCCACGAAGGCUAGCGUUGGCUAAACAACUUAACCUUACUGAACGCCAGGUCAAAAUUUGGUUUCAGAACAGACGCAUGAGACAUAAAAAAGAAGCAAAAGAAGGCAAAGGAGGGGAUCUAAACAAUCAGACACCUAGUCCACAACUGGUCAUAAACUCCUCCUCCCCACAUUCAAUUUCUCCACCAGUUGUAACCAUUGAGCGUAGUUCUUCAGGUUCAAGUUGUGUUCCCGUAUUUCAACAGUAUGGGUACAGAUUUUCAAGCAAAGAUCCUCUUUACAAGUCUCCAACCGUUGGAGCAACAGAAACACACAUAACUGCUUUACAAAGACUGAGCAUUGAUGCAAAAAAUAAGCAUAUAGUUAACAGCAGCUGUAUGAAAAAUAACAACUGUUAUUGUUCGAACAAUGUUUCUGCAUUUAAUAGCCAGAAUACAAGUGGAGCAAUCCAAAACGAGCCUUCAAAAUUUUCUAUGAAUGAUCGAACAGUUUGUUCUAGUACUUUCCAUCCAAGCGUAUUUCCAAACAGUGAUUACCAAAAUCAUUAUUCAAACUACGGAUAUCCUAGAGAAUAUGGUAACCCGAUGUUAAGCGGUGCAUUUAGAGGAACUAUGAGAAGCCCUGGCAGUAGUUUUGAUCUUUAUCAAAGAGGUUAUAACAACAAAGAAAUGACAUCCUGUGCUGUAGUUCAAAAUCACACUCCAAGUUAUGAACGCUUAUCGCCAAAUGCAGUUGGUGCUUCUUCAUUUUCAAGUUUAGAAAAGAAUACUAAUGAUUUACCCAAGCACCAGGAUUCUUGCGCAGUUAGACCUAACCAGAGGACCUGCGAUCCAGCACUGCAAGCGCCAAGUGGGUUGGUAUCGGAUGUGCAUGUCUCCAGCCGUCUUCACACACCAAGUGUUACAACUUCUUGUUUACUGACUGAUUCUGGGUUUUCAGGUUUCAGCAACAGAAGAGCACAGUCAUGUAGUGCUGACUGGAAUUUCCUGUCUGAAAACUCUCGUUAUGAAAAUAGCAUGCAAAAUGUGCAUGAAGCUCCAACGCCACCUAGUUUUACUAAUUUAUGAAACUAUAUUUGCGAAUUAGUGUUUUAAGUAUAUGACUUCUGUUAAGCAGAAGGUAAGGCAUAAGGACUGAGCUAAUCCUGAAGUAUAUUUUUAUGGCAAUUUCCUCAAUUUAGCGAAUAUUAAGAAUUAAGCUUAUAAGUGUAUGCAGUAUUCUAUUACUUUAAAAUUUUAAAUUAAUUUAAUUGAUUUAAAAAUUUUAAGAUUUAUAUUUUGCAGUUCAAAUUUACGAAUUUUAAAUGAAUUUGGAAAUUUUAUUAUACUUGUCAUAUACA